UCAAAGCCAUGACAUGACUGCUCUAUAAGACAAAUUCCCGUUAUAAUUUUUUUUUUUUUUUUUUUUACAAAAUUUCAAAACCCCCCCGCUACCUCCGAACCUCAAAACACAGACCGACUUGCCAGCCACAAGAGAGACUCUCACACCCGUACAGAGUGCGCAGAAAGAAAUGCCCAAAUCCUCCCCGCAACCACAAUCCCCGUCCGACAAGGACUCGGACCCUGUAAUCGCCUCCUAUGAUAUCUACCUGACCGAUUCUGAAAUCUCACGAUACGUCCUGCAAUACCUCGAUCGCCCCACCGGAUACGCAUAUGACGAGCUCAAUGGGCAGAAACCCACGGCGCUGCGGCUGAAGCCCAAAACGGGUCUCGUGGAGGUCGAUGUCCCGAUUAACACGAGGGUGAAUUAUGAUGUGGGGAAGGGCUUAAGGUACGGGGAUGCGUUGAGGAAGAGUCGAAGUGCGAGGGAGGGAGGCGCGUAUGUAAAGGGGGAGUUUGGUGGGGAUGUUGAUAUGGGUGGAAUGGGUGGUGGGGAGGAUGCUUCGUUGUUGAAGGUGCAGACUUUGGGAGGAAGGAUUAAGGGUCCGGAGGAUGGGGAUCCGGUUUAUAUGCUUGCUGCUUUUCGCGGAGAUAAUCUGCACCUUUCGCCUGUCUCUGCGGUGGUGCAGUUACAUCCACAGCUGCAUCAUCUUGAUGCCAUGGAUGAGAUUCCGAAAGGACGCGGUGCAAAGAGCCGCAAAGAAGGCGAAGAGGAUCGGGCCGAGCCUGAGGCUAGGGCAAUUGAUGUGAAAAUCAAGGCUGCAGAGGACAGAGAGGUUAUUGAACCGGGUAACCUUGACCUCUUGAAGAGUAUGCAGGAUGAACAGUGGAAGACAUAUGAUUGGGUUGAUGCCGAUAACGAGGAAUCGUGGGCAAUUUACGAGAACUACAUGAUGCAUCAGGACCUAGAAGACCUGCCGCAGCUGGAGACUGCAAUUAAUAGUGAGGAUUACUUAGAUACAAUGAGUGCGCCGCGAAUUGACCCGGCACGGCCGGAGAUGACGGGUUGGGCGAUGAAGCAGAAUCGGAAGAAGGGUACAGACUCUGGCAGUAGUACUGAGGAAGGAUAGUGC